AUGGCGCGGCGUCCGCAGCCCCGCGCCCGGCCGGAGGAGCCCGAGGAGCCCCAGCCCGGCCCCGGCCCGGCGCCCCCGCCCGGGGCCCGGCGGUCGCCGCCGCUGCUGCGCUGGGACGAGGUGCCCGAGGACCUGGUGGAGGGCUUCAUCCUGUCGGGCUACCGGCGCCUGCCGUGCACGGCGCGCGAGUGCCUGGCGUCGGUGCUGGCGCCCACCAACGAGACGCUCAACUUCUGGACGCACUUCGUGCCGCUGCUGCUGUUCGCGGGCCGCUUCGGGCGGCUGCUGCUGCGGGGGCUGCCGCCGGGCGGGGAGGACGAGGCGGACGGCGCGGGCGGCGCGGGCGGCGGGGACGCGCUGCCCGCGGGGCACCCGGCCCUGCGCCCGCUCUGGUGCUACGCGUCGGGCGUGCUGCUCACGCUGGCGGCCAGCUGCGCGGCGCACGUGUUCAGCUGCCUCUCCCGGCGCCUGCGCGCCGCCUGCUUCUACCUGGACUACGCCUGCAUCAGCUACUACGGCUUCGGCAGCACCGUGGCCUACCACCACUACCUGCUGCCGGGCCUGCGCCUGCUGGACGCGCGCGAGCUGGCGGCCGCCGCGCGCCGCCGCCUGGGCUGGAGCCCGGACUGCGCGCGCCUGCUGGCCGCCUACCGCGCGCUCGUGCUGCCGGCCGCCUUCGCGCUGGCGCUGGCCUGCACGGCCGCCUGCUGCCGCAGCCGCCGCCCACGCGCGCGCCGCCCGCCGGCGCUGCGCACGCUCGUGUUCGCGCUGCCGCUCAGCAUGGCCGGCCCCAUCGCGCUCGAGGCCUGGCUCUUCGACCUCGGCGCGCGCCAGCCCGCGCUCUGCCGCCGCUUCCACCGCCGCUACCUGUGGCUCCUGGCCGCCGCCUUCGUCAACCUCACCAAGAUCCCCGAGCGCCUGCGCCCCGGCCGCUUCGACGUCGUGGGCCACAGCCACCAGCUCUUCCACCUCCUCACCGCGCUCAGCAUCUACGAGCAGGCCCAGUACGUGGAGGACGGGCUCCGCCGCGCCCUGCGCGCCCCGGCCCCGCACGCGCCCGCGCCCACCCUCGCCGCCACCGCCGGCGCCAUGCUGCUGCUCGCGCUCUGCCUCGGCCUCGUGGUGCGCGCCUUCCUGGCCCGCGAGGCCCCCGCCGCCGUCGAGGGUCCGGGCCCCGGGGGCCCCCGGCGGGGACAGUGA